UUCCUUUUUCAGCACACCACCACAAAGAGAAGAGAUAUGGCGGCCAAGGCGACGGACCGGCGAUGGAGCUUCGUCCGCGCGCAGGAGUUCUUCAGCGGCGACGGCAAGCCAGAUACGUUGGACAUUCGCGGGAUGACGGCAGCCGCGAAGGGAGUGUCGUCGAAACGGCAGAAGUUCCGAAUGAGCGUCGUGAAGAAUGGCGUGACGAUAUAUGGCUCGAAACCUUGCCCAAAUGCUGAGAAUGAACUCGGAAUGGGCUUGUUGGGGCCUACUGUCUCGACGCCCACGGCCGGUAGUUCCUCUACUGCUGCCGCCGCACCCCAGAAAGACCGCGAACGUAUUUUUAUUGAAGACCCACGCGCGCCCUGUCUCGCGAUCGACUACAGCAAUGACACAUACAAGAUGAUGCCGUCAAUUGAGCGGUUUUCUGCGCACACCGGCGUUUGCCAGAUCCUGGGCACGAAGCUCAUUCGAGGUGGGAAGCACCAAGUUGCAGUUGGUGACAUUCUUCGAUUUGGGUCGGUUGGUCUUCUCGUGACGGAGAUUGACACGGGCCGAACCGGCUCGUCGGACGCGUCGCUUUCUCCCGCGGAUAUCACGCAUUUGACCCAGCGCCUCGUCUGCCUUGACGAUACGCAAGGUGACGUGGACUCUGGUGACGAUACUGACGAAGCCAACGGCAACGAUGGCUCCCAGUGCGACGAUCCAUCCCAGCGGCUCAGUGUUACGCGUAACUCUACGGUCAACGUGUGUUACGUGUGCUACGACGAGUCGGAAGACGACAACCCCCUCGUCGCGCCAUGCAAGUGCUCUGGGGACACCAAGUAUAUUCACGUCAAUUGCUUGAAGCGGUGGCACACGAACGGGGACAAGAACGAAAUUUGUGCCGUCUUGGACGAGAGCGACGCUCGUACGUGCAGCAUUUGCAAAGCUGCAUACCCCGCCCGCAUCAAGAUUCCUUCGACCAACAAUUAUGUAUCGCUGCUGCCCGACCGGCUGGAUGCCCCUAGCAUCAUGCUUCAAGUCGUGACCAAACACACAAGCUCGACACUGAACACCUCGACGCGGUACCAAUUGAGCUACAAGACGCUUCUCAACACGGAGACAGCACGACCGCUCAUGAUCGGCCGGUCGUCCCAAUGCGAUCUCGUGCUGAAGUAUCGUACCGUGAGUACCAUUCACGCGGAACUGCAUUACCACAAGGGCGAGUGGUUUGUCAAAGACGCGGGCAGCUCGAACGGCACGUUGCGGUACAUCUACCGCCCGCUGACCCUUCCUGGCAACCAAAUGCUGCACGUCAAGUUCGGUCGCACAGUGCUCAGCAUCAAGCCGACAAAGAAGCUUCGAUUGCCUUCUCUCUUUGGCAUUGGCAAAAACGACCAUCAGCAGGACGACGUGCAUCACCAACACCCCCACAACCAUCAACAGGAUGGAACGUCCCGGGCCCGAACUCUCCAAGGCCGCGCGUUCAGCGCCGACGCCGUCGACCAACACGGAAACAUGCACGAUGUGUCCCGACGCUUGGAGCAUCUAGACAUCAACGGCAGAAGUUAAGCUGCUGCCGCUCCCGCCAUGCGUGCAUGUUGCUAAUUUUAUCGAUCUCCCGUCAAAAGUGUGUUGUGUGAGGUUUCGCUGGUUUUCCACUAUUUUGGUAAAUGUCUGAAGUGGAUAUCCAUACUUUGGAUAAUUUGAGAACAUUAGCAAGGAGAAUUGCUAAAACAUUCACUGAAAAUUCACAAUUUGAUUGCAAAAA